AUGGUCAACGCAAGCAAAACUCUUUUUACUUAUCUCGCAUUUGGCUUCGCUGGAUCAUGUUCUGCAAUCUUCAACCAGCGACCAGACUACUCUGCACUCGGCAUGUACGAGAUCGUUCACGAAACCAUCUUUAGUCUGUUUAAGAACAAAGAAGAUUCAGCCCCUUGCGUUCUCAGCGCCAGCACGGAUUCGAACGGCGAAUAUGUCAACGGCUAUUCCUACUUCGUGACCACGAUUAGUUUCGAUUGUGAAGCAACUAUUGAGAAGGAAGCCAUCCAGGAAGCCGUGGAGAAAUGUGCGGAUUAUUUGAACUCCAACGCCGCGUUGAGUGGUUGCUGCAAGUCUUCACAGAAGGGAGGUUGGGCUGGCCAAGUGCGCAUGACUUCUCAGCCGUUGAAAUAUCCGGCGCAUGAGGUUGAGUGUUGA